AUGGCCGCUUCUCUCCCCAACAACCUUAUUGCUUCAUUUUGCGAUGACGAGGACAGUUUGUUUGCUCCCGGGAGCCCUUGGGGUUUCAGCUCGAUACCAGGUAAAUGGGACGCUGGACUUGGCUGCUGCUCUGUUGGUGGCGCGUUUGCUGAGAGUCUGGAGCAAUCACGCGUUCUCCUCGUUGCUACCCUUUUAGUCAAUCUUGUCACUGCGCCUGUCAACAUCGUUAACUGCAACGCUUCGAACGGCGUAGAUGCUGAUCCUGGAGAUGAGUGGUCUGCUACUCAACAACAGCAGCAGCAUUGGAAUGAAGAGGAUGAUGACGAAUAUGAACAAGGAAAUGCUCCGGCGCGCUCUAUCGUUUAUCAUCGGCAUGUUGGACGUCUAGUACCACUGUCAGCUUAUCGUGAUAAUCGGCGGAUCCUAACUAGCCAGCCUGCAGCAUUGCGUUUCGCUUUCCUCUGUGCCUACUCUCGGCACGCAAGUCUCCAUCAACUCGGUCUUCAGCUAAUCGGCAGUCUUCGUUUUACACUCAACCCUCCAUCGCUUUCGAGUGACUCUGUUGCUCCUAUCCAUAAUUUGAAUGACAGCGAUCCUAAGAUGGAAUCUGAAGCAGAUGAAUUUGGCUGCUCCCUUCCCGAUAGACUGGCGCUUGAGCGAAUUGGCAAUACGACUUGCCUUCUGGGCCAGCUCACUAUGACUUUUUUACACCACAGUAUUGUAGAGACCGAUGAUAGGACAGAUCUGAUUACAGGUGCGUCUUAUUGCCUCUUUUGUUCUAUUAUGAUCUUUCAUUCCUUUUAUAGUUGGUUCGACCUCGUUUUCGCAACUUAG